ACAAACCUUUGGCUCCGUCGGAGAGAAAAAGAGAGAGAGAAAUUGGCACAUGACAGCCCUGUAUAUAAAGCCUUAACAAGCCCAGCGCCUUUUGGAGAACCCAGGUGCUGGGCGCAGUGGGGGAAGACCCGGAGGCGGCAGCGGAGGAGAAGGAGAAGAGAAGGAGGAGGAGGAGAACUAGAAGGAAGAGAAGGAGAAGGAGAAAGAGGCGAAGAUGCUUCUUUAAAAGCCAGCCAAGGAACCGGAGACCAGAACGGGCGCUUGUCGGGGCUCCGGAGCUACCCGGGGGACUCUGCCUUCCGCCGGGCGAAUGCGCAAGUGACCUGGUCGCCCAGGCGAGCCAGAUCCCCCCACUCCGGGCCCGGCGAGCCAUGCCGCCUCUCUGGCGGGGUUCCUUCUGGCUGUGCCUGGCCCUAUUGCCCGGCCUGGGCGCGCCGAUGCCGUCGGAGAUCGUGACUCCCAUCCGCCUGGACCCGGAUCUCAACGGGCGCCAGUAUUUCCAGCGAGGGGACGAGGAUCCCCCGCAGCAAGGGACCAUCUUCCAGAUCACCGCCUUCCGAGAGGAUUUCUACCUGAACCUGAGCCCCGAUGCCCAGUUCCUGGCUCCCGCCUUCGCCACCCGCUACCUGGGCGCCCCGCGGAGGGAUGAGCCCCGGGACCUGCGCCGCUGCUUCUACUCCGGCGACGUCAACUCGGAUCGGGACUCCUUCGCCGCCCUGAGCCUCUGCGGUGGGCUGACCGGCGCCUUCGGCUACCGCGGGGCCGAGUAUCUCAUCAGCCCGGUGCGCAACGCCAGCGCCGGCGGGCAGGCGCUGCGCAACAGCCAAGGGGCGCACCUGUUGCAGCGGCGGAGCGCGCCUCGCCACGCCGCGGCCACCUCUCGCUGCGGGGUAGAUUCCGCCUCCCACCCGGCUUUGGCGCAAGCCCUGGAGAGAUACAAGGGCUCCGGGCCCGGGGGAGGCAAGCCGGGCCAGAACGAGACGAUGCCGUCGGGGCUCAGGAAGAGCGGCCGCGCCAAGCGCUUCGUCUCCAUCCCCAGGUACGUGGAGACGCUGGUGGUGGCCGACGAGUCCAUGGUCAAGUUCCACGGCGACGACCUCCAGCACUACCUGCUGACUCUCAUGGCUACGGCCGCCCGGCUCUACCGGCACCCAGCAUCCAGAACCCCAUCCACCUGGCCGUGGUCCAGUUCAUGGUCAUCGGGCAAGACGACAAGGGGCCCAAAGUGACGGGCAACGCGGCGCUGACCUUGCGCAACUUCUGCGUCUGGCAGAAGAAGUGGAACAAGGGCAGCGACAAGCACCCCGAGUACU